UGGGUAGGUAAGCUUGAUGGACACUACGAUAACGUGAUGCUACCACAAUAUUCUAAUGUUGGAAAUACUUACCUCAUAGUUGACACAACGACGCGCAAUCAUGGAUAUAUCAGUCGUACCAUCUUGAUGCUUCGGUCUCUGAGUUUCCGUAUCUUGAUCAUCUCUACACUCAAACCAGCAUCUUCCUCUUUCAGUUUUUCCUUAUUUAUUUCCUAUAUCUGUCGAGCACUACCCGCACGGUAGAGUAACCCUUCGCUGCUACUUAUACACAAUACCACAUUCGUUGUUGUCAUUAUUUGAUUCAUCAUGGCUUCUCGGAUCGCUGCUAUUUCUUUUGCUAUCUCGAUUCUGAGCGGGGUAGCUCUCGCUGGUGGUGAGGGUUACGGUUCGGGAGGUGAAGGUCACGGGAACGAUUGGGGCAACGGAGGUCAUGGUGGUGAUAACGGUGACUGGGGCGAAGGGCAUGAGACCACCAGCUGGGCUCGGUCUUCACCUAUCCCCGCGUACUCAACUUCGAUUCCCGAACCAGUCUACUCGACUUCAACCCCUGUUUACUCUACUUCAACCAUCUCCGAAUAUUCGAUUUCAAGUAUCCCCGGUCACUCUAGCAGUUCUUGGGAAUACUCCGCCAGUGUGCCAUCCAGCAGUUCUCGGUACACUUACAGCACUUCAGUGCCUUCUUCCACUACUAAAUACUCUACAACCAAGUACUCUACUACUGAGUACUCUUCAAGUGUACCAACAACCUACUCCUGGAAUCAUCACAACACAUCGAAGCCCUAUUCGACGAGCAAGCAUUCCACCACUGAGUACUCGACCACUGGAUACUCGACAAGUGUCCCAACCACCUCCUCCUGGCACAACCACAGCACGUCGGUGCCUCCAAGCUCGAAGACUGAGUACUCGACCAAGUCAUACACCACAACCAAAUACUCGACAACCAAGCACACCACCUCCUACCCCACCCCAUCCACCAGCAUCACCUCCUGCGACUAUGAAACCACUUCCAGUCUAGUCUACUACACGACCUCGAGCUGGGAGACCUUUUCCUCAGAGGCCUGCGAGACUGCUCCUCCCAAGACCUACGACAGCUGGACAAAACACGAGACGACCACGACUAUCUACGACACCUGGUCCAGCUACGAAACCACCAAGCCUUCUUCAUCGCUUGCUUGGACUGGCUACAACACCACGGUGUCGUGGACUAAGCCGCCUUCCACCAGCACUGGCUACAGCGCUCACACCACUCCCACGACGGCUUGGACUUAUCAGACUAAGACGCCGACUUGGCAGACAGUGAAGAAGAGCGAGGGGGGUUAUUCGACUAAGACUGGGGGGUGGUAAGAUGUCACAAUAAGGGUGGGUGGUAUGUGGCAGAAGAUUGUGGUGGUGGCAAAUCAUAUUUGGGCUCGUUGGCGUUCCGUUUGUUUACAAAUAUUGGGUGAUUACAUUGAAGCAUCAUCAGCUUAGUGGGAAUUUGAUAGACCUUUGAAAGAAAACUACAGUCACUCCUUUAUUG